CGUGAAUCGAAAUUUCUAAUAGAUAUCAAAUUUCAAUUUCUAUAAAAUUAAAUAAAAUGAUACGUCGUUGAAGAAAGACUCUGAAAAUGUUAAAAUGAGUUCUACUUCUGUUAUCACUUUACCAAACCCAAAUUUUUGGCAAAGGGCCCGCGUUCUGGAUAUCUCUCGCCCAGAUUUUGGAUGAGAAACAUCCAAACUGGUAGCACUGGGUCCCAUUGGUGUUAGAUUGUCAGUGUCGAAAGAAGUUACUCGAAUUGAUUGAAACCGUUGGAAGGACAGAGUCUCGAAACGCUUUAAAUUCGCCCCGGUCGUCGCCUUUCCCUCUAAAAAGUUUCAGAGAAGGAAAAGGCAAUGUGACUCGAGUCAGGGCUUCUGUUGAGAUUAUGCGUUUUCGCGGGUAUUGCCGAACUCAUCCAUAAUCUGUUAUGUUUUUUAAUACAAUUAACACGUAGGUAAGAUUAUCUGAAAUCGUUCCGAUCUUAGAACUCUGACCGUAAAAUGUAAACAGCUAGCCAGGUGUCGUAAUCCUCCGAGUCCUCUCAGUCGUUAGGCUCUUUUCGUUUCUCGUAACAUUGACCACCGUUCUAUUUCGUGAUGUCGAAUGAACAUAAUGAGGAAUAAAAUGCCGCCGUUCCGAAGGAAAAAGUCGGGAAAAUCGUUCCCUGUGAAAGUCUGUACUCUGGACGCCGAAUUGGAGUUCAGUUUGGAGUGGCGGUCGACUGGCAGGGAUUUGUUCGAUUUAGUUUGUCGCACGAUAGGAUUGAGAGAAACAUGGUAUUUCGGGCUUCAGUACGAGGACGCGAAAGGAUUCAUAUCCUGGCUCAAGCUAGACAAGAAAGUUCAAGAUCAAUGCAUCUCCCAACAACCGACGACUCCUUUCAUGUUUCUGGCUAAGUUUUACCCGGAAGACGUAGCUGAAGAAUUGGUACAAGAAGUAACUCAGCACUUGUUCUUUCUACAAGUGAAACAGGCUAUUCUUUCGAUGGACAUUUAUUGCCCACCGGAAGCAUCCGUAUUAUUGGCUUCUUAUGCAGUUCAAGCGAAAUACGGGGAUUACGAUGAGGUCUCGUAUCGGCCGGGGAUGCUCGCGAGCGAGGAUCUACUGCCGCAGAGAGUCAUCGAUCAGUAUCAAAUGACGCCGGAGAUGUGGGAGGAGAGGAUAAAAAUUUGGUACGCCGACCACCGAGGCAUGUCCAGGGACGAGGCCGAGAUGGAAUAUUUGAAGAUCGCUCAAGAUCUUGACAUGUACGGCGUGAAUUACUUCCCCAUUAGUAACAAAAAAGAGACUGACCUUUGGCUAGGCGUGACCGCGCUGGGUCUGAACAUCUACGAGAAGGAGAACAAGCUGGCGCCGAAGACUACGUUCACCUGGUCCGAGAUACGUCACAUCAGCUUCGACGACAAGAAGUUCGUUAUAAAACCGGUGGAGAAAGCGUCGCCGAACUUCGUGUUCUUCUCGCAGAAAGUCCGAAUGAACAAACUGGUAAAGAAACAGUCUGUUGUUGGCGGCUGGGUGAAGGGUUUGAUAGCGUUUAAGUUCGACGAACAUGACAAUGACAGAGGUGGUCACGUGUUAUUUGUUAAGAUCUUGGACCUGUGUAUCGGCAACCACGAUCUGUUUAUGAGGAGGCGCAAGCCAGACUCUAUGGAGGUGCAGCAAAUGAAAGCCCAGGCGAAAGAGGAGAAAUCUAGGAGACAAAUCGAAAGAAAUAAACUGGCAAGGGAGAAACAAUUAAGAGAAGCUGCGGAAAGAGAGAAGGCAGCCAUGGAGCAACGACUCUUGCAGUACCAAGAAGAAAUCCGUUUAGCAAACGAAGCACUCAGGAGGUCUGAGGAGACCGCGGAUCUUCUGGCAGAGAAAAGUCGCGUAGCAGAGGAGGAAGCCAUGUUGCUGAGCCAGAAAGCUUCCGAGGCGGAGCAGGAAAUCACGCGUAUACGAUUAAAUAACAUGAAAACUGAAGAGGAGAAGGUUCAUCUCGAACGGAAAACUAGGGAAGCGGAAUUAUUGACGGAGAGACUGGUCCAGGAGUCGGAACGAAGGGCCGCGGAAGCUGAGAAGUUGAAGGACGAACUGCUGCGUGCUCGAAUCGCGGAAAAAGAGGCGAAAGAGAAGCUGCUCGAGUUUCUCAGUAGAAAUACUUACACUGCCACUAUAGCGCCCGUGCCGAAUCUGUUCCCAUCGACGCAGGUGCUGCCUUCCGACUUGCAGGCCGACCUGCAAACGCUUCAGUUGGACGCGGAACCUCUGCCGGCUGAUCUGACCUCGUACGAUCUGAUCGCAGACGGCGACGUCGAUCAGCUCUCGUUAGAGAUCGAGAAAGAGAGAGUGGAUUAUUGGGAGAAGAGCAAACACUUGCAGGAACAGUUGAGGGAACUGAGGACCGAGAUCGAGGUAAUGAAGGUCGGGGAGAAACAGUGCGAGUUGGACCAGUUGCACGAGGAACAAGUGAGACUCGGUGAAAAUAAGUACAGUACUUUAAAAAAAGUGAAGUCCGGCUCGACCAAGGCCAGAGUAGCGUUUUUCGAGGAAUUAUAGCCGAUCCUCGGGAGACAAUUUAACCAGACGAGUCCUCGAUCUAUGAGGUAUGACGUUUCGAUAUCAUACUUGAGACACGUACGUACGUAUACGUUUUAGAAUACUGAAACGUACGCUUUAUUUUCUUGAAUAUAUCUGUAGUAGUACGGUUUGCACGCUAAACGAUUAAGGCGUCGACAACAGUUAGUAGAUUAUGCCUAAACUGCAGUAAAUCUCUUCCCAUCCUGUCUAUCUUCGUCUGUUCUGUUGUGCUAAUUGUUUUCUUUUUUUACGGUACGAUCUUCGCGCGAUUGUAAUCAAAAUCUAGUAGAAUUACUCGAUGUUAAUGAUUCGUUUAGACGUAAGCAUAUAUAUAUAUAUAUUUUUUAUUUAGUGACUCGAAAAAGAAACAUUAUAUUUUUUUUAAACGUUAAAAAGCAUGCGUCGAAUUACAGUUAUAAGGAAGUAGUGGUAUCGCAUGCUUACUUUACUGUCGUUAGUCUGUGUAUUAAUAACGUGAUCGAAUGUGCCUAUAAAAUGAUGCAUCGCAUGAUUAGAGAGAACCGCGUUGAAGCUGCAGUCUAGUCAAACUGAAAAGUGAACUGGUUGAUCAUUCAUUGUAACGGGAGGCACGAGAGACAAUAGUUUUCAUAUUUUUCAUCCUCUGAACAAAGUAAAAGGAACAAACUAUUUUAAGGACUGUUAAACUGCAACGGUUAUACGAGUACUUUUAAGAUAGCGAACUUGUAUAUAAUAUCUAGCGAUUUUUAUUUAGAGAAAUAUAAGCGUUCGAGUUUUA